AUGCAUCUGAGCAAGAUCAAGGCCAUCAUCGCCAGCACGGCGCUGACAAUUUCUGCACAGAGCGACGACCUCGUCUCAGCAUUCAACAUGGUCAACCAGGCGCGAGCUGAACGGUUCGUCAAGCCGCUCUCCUGGAGCCCCGACCUGGCCGCCUACGCGCAGCUCUGGGCCAACCUCAUGGCCAGCAGCCAGGUGCCCUUCCAGCACGCCGCCGGCGCGUACCGCCCGUCCCAGGGCGAGGUUCUCUACGUGCAGGAGGCCUCGGGCUGCCACCCGUCGUACGAUGAGCCGUUCCAGUCGGCCAUGCGUGCAUGGCUCGCGCAGGCGCCGCUGUAUGAUGACAAGCCCAUCGUAACGGGCCACGAGCCCUGGCUUCACUGGUCACAGUGCAUGUGGUUAGGAUCAACGGAAAUCGGAUGUGCGCGCGCCUACAGUAUCUCCGAGGCCUACAAGAUUUUUGUCGUCUGUCGAUUUAGCCCAGAGGGCAACGUCUAUGGGCAGAAGCCGUUUUAA